AUGGUGGUAACUUGUGAUAUUCAGUUUAAUCAAAAUGAGUUUGGCACUUAUUUCUCCGGUCAACUGGUAGACGGGUCGGUGGUGCUAACAGCUGAUAAGCCAAAAGAUGUUAAAGCUGUAAUUUUAACCAUAUCCGGAUUUGCUCUUACAAAAUGGCGAGAAAAAAGUUUCAACAAAAAUCGUGAAUUCAAUGGUCGUGAGGACUAUAUGGAAUCGAAAACUUAUUUGAUGGGAUCAGAAACAAGUCAAAAGUAUACCAUACAGUCAGGCAUUCACACCUACAACUUCGCCUGCCAGCUGCCAGAAAACUGUCCGACCUCCUUUGAGGGGCUACAUGGCUGCAUAAGAUAUAUAGUCAAGGUGACACUGGUGAUACCAUGGAAAUUUAACCAAACCUACUCACGCGGCUUUACCGUUAUGAAAAUGCUCGAUCUAAACUAUGAAUCGCCACAGUUAAAGAUCCCCUCGACCUCAGAGAACUACAGAUCCUACUGCUGUGGACCCUGCAAAACCGAACCGCUCAAGGUGCAAGUUCAACUGCCACAGACCGGCUAUGUGCCCGGACAGCGUAUUCCAGUCACUGCAUUGAUCAUCAAUAACACGCGCAUACCAAUUGCAGAAGUGCGUUUCGCGCUUAUCAUGCUUGUACGCUACACGGGUCAAUCGCCAAAUCAAAAUUCAUGCCUCGAACGCAUUACCAUGACCGUUGCAAAAGGUGAAUCUGUGCUGCGAAAUUGUACGCGUUCACUGACGCAAGAGCUACUUGUGCCGGCCACACCACCAACAUGCCUGCGCGCCUGCAGUGUCAUACGUAUAAGUUACCAGGUCGAGGUCGAGGCGCGCAUGAAGGGAUGGUAUGCUAGUCAAACGAUUACAAUGCCUGUGCUGAUAGGCAACGUGCCACUGUGGCAAACGCCACCAGUCAUACAACAACAGCCACGUAGCAAUGGAAUACCAAAUGUUAUUGAAGAGCGUCAUACGGAAAGGGAUGAAAAUUCUGUGGAUGGCAAAGAAGUUUAUGUUACACGUGAAAUUGCAGUGGUGGAUGUGCCUUCGCCGGUGGAUAUUUAUCCAGAAUUGCGUGAGUAA